AUGACAACGAACAACAAAACUGACGUGGCCACGGGAGCCUACAGCAAGCAUGUCAGCGAGGCAACAGUGGCGAGCGAUAUUGCCGGUCUGCCUAGGGCCAUCGACAAGGCACUCGCGGCGGGCGAGGCAGUCCAGAUGCGAUCGACUCUAGACGAGAUGCCGGUACUCAAGGCUCUCCGUGUUUUCUGGAAAGUUGGCAGCAUGUGCAUGCUUGCUGCUUUCGCUUCUGCUCUAGAAGGAUACCAGGUUUCCCUUACCGCUUCGAUCGUGGCCAACAAAGGUUUCAUCAGGCAAAUGUCGGAGGGGGGUUCGAAGCUAAAUCCCACGCACGUCGCAGUCUGGGGAGGCAUGCUCUCCACGGGGCAGUUCGUCGGUGUCCUCGGUCUACAGGCUUGUAUCGAUAAAAUUGGUCGGAAAUGGUCGAUGCACCUUACUUGGCUCAGUCUUGUCAUUUCAGUAGCGAUCGAGUCGGCCGCCACUAACUGGAUUCAGUGGACUAUUGCCAAGCUCAUUGCUGGCAUGGGACUGGGGAUGAUGCAAGCCACAUACCCUGUAUACAUCUCUGAGCAGUCGCCCACCCAAAUUCGUGGCUUCCUUACAACUGCGUACAUGUUCUGGAACGUCAUGUCGCACAUUUUCGCGCCGCUAGCCUUGGACCAGCUCAAGGCAAAGAACCCCCUCGACUUCCGAUCUCCUAUCUAUACCCAGUGGGGGAUGCUAGUUGUCAUGCUGGCCAUCAACCUGCUUGUCCCGGAGAGUCCUUGGUGGCUCGUUCAGAAGGAAAAGUAUGAACAAGCUGAGAAAGUUUUAACGAGAUCCUAUAAGGACGUGCCCGAAUAUGAUCCCAAGACACAACUAUCCAUCAUCGUGGCUACGGUGGAGCGCCAUCGUCUCAAUCAGGCUCUAGACAAGCACGAGAUUCGUGAGAUUUUUAAGGGCAUCAACUUUUGGCGACUUUUCAUUGCAUUCUGGCCCAAGGCCAUGCAACAACUUGUCGGACAGAGCCUUACCAACAACUACGGCACAUACUUCUUCCAACUGGCCGGUAAUGCGGAGCCAUUCCUCGUCACUGUCAUUCUUGCUGUUUGCCAGCUUGUCGGAGUUCUUGCCUGCUCCUUCUUCUCUGACAGGUACGGCCGCCGAUGGUUUACUCUAGGCAUGUUCGGUUCUGCUGCCGUCGCCGUGCUCGCCAUCGGUAUUGUGGGUUGCUUCAAGUACACGAGCAAGGAGCUCGGUAGUGUCCUGGUAAUUCGACAUCUUAUUUUGUCUCUGGUAUUGGGGAGAUUCGUGUCCGCUGACCUUAUCGCCCAGGUUUUCCUGGGCUGCGUCUCCAACUUUGGUGUCAUCGGCGGCGCUGGUAUUGCAUACAACUAUGUUGCUGAAAUCCCCACCCAGCGACUACGUGCUCGCACAGGCUCAGUUGCACUGAUGGGCUCAUUCCUGUUCGGCAUCAUGUUCAACUACACCGUCCCCUUCAUGCUUGACUCUUGGAACGUGAAAGCUGGUUUCUUCUUUGGCGCCACCGGUAUCUUCUCAUGCCUUGUCGGAUGGUACUGCCUUCCUGAGAUGGCCCGCCGAACACCUGCAGAGAUCGACGAAAUGUUUGCCGACAAGAUAAAGCCGCGCGAUUUCAGGAAACAUGUCACACAGGUCGAGGUUUUCCUUCGAGAGAAGGAGGAGAGGGGCAGAAGCAGCCGCCAGGACCAAUGA